GCGCGUGGUGGGCGGUAACGUGGUAGCUACAUGAACCAGUGACCACAUAUUGUCGUAAUUGUUUAUGCCCAAUAAUCCGCUCAGUUGAACAUGGUAAUUCAUUAAUCAUAUCCACGGUAUUGUGUUCUCUGGGAUUGACUUUUCUUUUUUUUUUGCGAACUUCUGCCAAAAGAUUUACCGCCACCGUACAGUGUGAACGAUGGAAAUUACGAAAACCGACCGGACGAACUGCGUAAUGAGGUUAUACCCUCUCCAGCCCCGCCAGUACGCGAAGUUAUAGAUCUAUUAGCCAAUUGUAACAUAACGAACAGCAGUGAACAAUUUUCCGAAGUCGAAUACGCCGAAAUAGGAGACAUGGGGCUUUGGCAUUCCACUCCUCUACCCCAUAGACACAAAUCGAAAGUAUCCCUAACGUGGGUACUGAAAGAAAACAUAGACAACAAAUUCGAAAAGAACGAGAAAAUUCUAUACACAGAUAACAAAUCAAUAAACAAAGAUAGAGUUGUAGGCAGAAGUGAAUGGACAAAUCGUCGGUUUAAAAGUGCUUGUGAUAAAUUUAAUGGUGUUUAUUCGUGUUCGGACUCAAGUGAUGAAACGGAAUACGUAAGAAAGAAGCAUAGACAUCGGCAUAGACGGAAGAAACGGCAUCCUAGAUUCGGCUACGAUAUCAAGGAUUUGGAUAGCUUUUUAAGUCAGGCCUCAUUAGACCAUCCAGGCAACAUACCAGUAGUGAUAGCCUUCCCAACAACGCUAUACCAAACCCAGAAGAACUUACAACGUGAGCUGCCUUUACCCCUCGGUACGGUGGUCAACGCAGUGUUCAAGAAUCAGCAGUGGCUGUACACACAGACCCCGCAUGGAGACGAAGGCUAUGUGUUGUAUAGCGCCUGUUUGCCUUUAGGAAUACUGCCUUCUAGGACAUCGCUCCAGAAGAAAACACCAUGCUGGGAAAGCAGCACAGACAUCUAUCCACGGCCAUGUGGAAACCUCACAGAUACCGAAAAGGAACAUCUUCGCGGCCGAACGCGGUCAGAGAGCAGCUACAAACGCAGAAGUCGCUACAAAAGCUCCUGGGCAGAAAAGGACUUUGAUACCCUGUACUUAAAGACUAAAUCCGUAUCCAACCUUACUGAUAAUAAGGAAAACUUUAGGGGUGUGCGUAAUACUUUGUUAGUGGUGAAUACAGAUUAUAUAGGCAGUGCGUUGAACAAAACGUUAACAGUGUUUAAAGGUGAUGUUGUCACAUUGGUUCCUGGACUCACAGAGAGUGACGUGGACUCUGAAUGGUUUUUUGUGAAGAAAAGUGAUGGAACCGAAGGCUUUAUUCCUGCGGAUAUUGUAGGACAUGGCUUUUUGUAAACUUAAGAGACUGAAUUGUAAAUUUUUGAUUGAUUGAAAUUAUUGGUUUUAUUGCGAAUUUGUGAAACUAAUUGGUAUUGUAAGAUAUCUGCCUCACAAUUGAUUAUGUUUGUUAAUAAUGAAAUUAAAUUAUACUUGUUUCA